AUGACAGAUUUAUGGAAAAUAAAGUUACAACUACAUUUUUGUCUUGUGUUUUCCUUCAAAGGGGAGGAAGAAAGUCCAGUGUUUGCUUUUCCUUUACUUCUGCGGGAAGAUCGACAUAUAGAGAAUCUCUUUCUCCAUUCUUUCUCCUGGAAGUUUGAAUGUUUGCAGUGUGGCUACCACACCAACAAUAGUUGUCAGCGGACAAUGACAACGUUUACAAAUAUAAUCCCAGAGUGGCACCCAUUGAAUGCUGUUCAUGUUGCUCCCUGUAAUAAGUGCAAUCACACAUCUCAAAGAAGAAAAAUGGUUUUAGAAAAGAUCUCCUCAGUUCUGAUGAUGCAUUUUGUUGAAGGCUUGCCGCAUAACAAUUUGAUGGCCUACUCAUUUCAGUUUCAAGAAUAUUCAUAUCAAGUAACAGCUGUGGUUCAAUAUCAGAAGGCACAACACUUCAUAACUUGGAUCUUGACUUCAGAUGGGAUAUGGCUUGAGUGUGAUGACUUAAAAGGUUCAUUCUCCAGAAGACAUCAUACCUUUGGGGUUCCUUCUGCAGAAAUACAUAUUGUCAUUUGGGAAAGAAAACCACCACAAAUCACCAAUUAUUCGGAUUUACAAGUUGAAGAAACAGUGAAAGCACAGUUAAAAACUACAGAUAAAUACUCUAAUGAUGAAACUGCAGACAGUGCACCUUUAACUUGUCAGAAAGCAGUUCAAAUGGUGAACACACAUAUAGAGGAAAUAGAAAACUUAGUAAGCAAUCAGAAAAAUAGUUUGCUUCAUGGCUUGGGCAACCUGUCUGAUGAUGAUGUUGUAACAUUGGAUCUUGACUUGGGUGGACAGCUGUUAGAAGGUAAAUAUAUAGAAAAUAAGCAGAUAAUCAGAACGGGUCCAUUGCAGUUGCAAGAGUUGGAUGAGAAAGAUGUAUGCCCACUUACUCCUGAAGGGGAUAUUCAAAAAAGAAGUGUAGUGUUAGGGAAUACCAGUGCUCCGAUGCCUGAAGGACAGCCAUCUGAUGCAAGCAAUUUAGUUACUACACCAUCAGUUGCUUUAAGUAAUGGUAAAAUAAAUUUCUCAUCCGAAAUACUAUUAUCACAAGUCUCCUUAGUUCCAGCAGAAGAGAGCAGCAAUUGCCAUCCAAAGAACCCUCAGAAAAAAAACA